AGUUUCCCACUGAUUGCGCACAAUCACGGCAAGACCAAAGUGCGGGUUCUCAAAGUGCAUAAGACCGACACUGACAAUGGUAGCGGACGCCAACACCAUACCGUGCACGAGUAUUCCGUCUCCACCACGCUGCACUGUGCACACACCGAAGGGUGUUUCAUCACCGGCGACAACGACAUGAUUGUCGCGACGGACACGCAAAAGAACUCUGUCUACGUCGUGGCCAAGCAGAACGAGUUCCACAGUCCAGAAGAAUUCGGAGUACUCCUCAGUCGUUUUUUGUUGACGCAGUAUCCUUGGUUGGAAGCCGUCGACGUGGUUGUGGACGAAAGUACCUGGCAACGUGCCGUUGUGGAUGGUCAACCCCAUCCUCACGGAUUUGUCAAAAGCGGUCCGGAAGCCCAGCAUGCGGCCGUGCACAUGGCCCGGACCGGCGAAACCCUAGGACCACCCGUCAUCCAAUCCAGUCUCACUUGCAUGACGGUCCUCAAAACCACCCAAUCCGGUUUCGAAGGCUACUACCUCGACGAUCCCUACACCAUCCUCCCGCCGACACGGGAGCGUUGCUUGGCCACCGAAUUGGAUGCCGUCUGGACCUGUCACGGUCAAGAUCCCACCGCGGUUGACUACAAUGCCGUUCGCCAGCGUGUCCGUGAACUAUUCCAAAAGGGCAUCUUUGGUCCGGCCACCACGGGCGGCGUCUACUCCGCCUCACUCCAAGCCACUGUCUACGACGCUGCCUGUCUCAUUCUCACCGAACUUCCCGACGUACAAACCAUAUCCGUCCGCACACCCAACCUGCACUACCUGCCCACCACGGUGCUACUCGGGAAACUCGGAGAAACCUUCCAGAACGACGUCUACACCCCCACCAACGAACCGAGUGGCGUUAUUUCCUGUACAGUCAGUCGUGGGGGU